GACGUGAGGGUGGACGCUCUCGGACCUGUUAACACGGGCUGCCAGGCCGAGGCCCAGGGAAAUGCAGCUGCUGGGCCUGUGCCCGUCAGAUAAGGGCAAACGCAGGAACUGACUUAGAUCCUUUUUUGCUGGUCUUCACUAGUGCCCAGCCUGGGUCCCUUCCCCGCGGGAGUUUUAAGCCCUGGCUCACUGUGUUACCUAAAGCCAGUUUCUGGGCCUCAGUGUUCCUCUCUAUGAGGAAACUGAGGCCCAGAGAGGUUAAGUGACUUGGCCACAGUCAAGCGGCUAGUAAGUGGUGGAGCCAAGACUCAAACUCAGUCUAGGAGCCAUGUCCACCUUGUUCCCCUCACUCUUCCCCCGUGUGACUGAGACGCUGUGGUUUAACCUGGAUCGACCCUGUGUGGAGGAGACAGAACUGCAGCAGCAGGAACAGCAGCAUCAGGCCUGGCUCCAAAGCAUUGCAGAGAAAGACAACAACCUGGUACCAAUUGGCAAGCCAGCCUCUGAGCACUAUGACGAUGAGGAAGAGGAAGAUGAUGAUGAAGAUGAGGAUAGUGAAGAGGACUCAGAGGAUGAUGAGGACAUGCAGGACAUGGAUGAGAUGAAUGACUACAAUGAAUCACCUGAUGAUGGAGAAGUCAAUGAGCCUCCUCUCCAGGUGGACAUGGAAGGCAACGAACAGGAUCAGGACCAGUGGAUGAUCUAGAUAGUCAAGGCCACGGUGGCCUCAGGGAGAUUCCAGGCCAGCCCACCUGCCCUGCAUCCCACUUCCACUCCACAGAACCAGCUGAUGGCCCCUGCGCCUGAAAGCUUAUCCUCAAGUACCUCCUCAGCUGCUGUGAGGACCUGGGCUCCUGGUUCUCCCAGGCCUUCAGUCUGGCUCAUCCUGAGGGCCUGAGCCCACCCCUUCAUCCUGGCCAGUACCUCAUCCCUGGUUUCCAGGGUUGGUCUCUUUAUAACCUUGUUUAAUAAAGACAAAGGACUGAUAUA